AUGACGGCCGUUUCGGUCGAGCCAAAGGCCACGGCCCCAGAGGAAACGGAUGAAGGCAUCAUCGAUGUCUACCACGAAAGGGACCCCCCUUUUUCGGCCAACAGUUUGUCCUUUCUCAUGGAAUUCCACAAGGACCACUCGGCCAUCAACCUAUACGACAUGACCUCUGAAAACCGCGAGAUCGUGGGAAUUGGCUCUCAGAAACGCCAAGGCAGAAAGGCUCCUCGUUACCAACAAAUCUGA